AUGCCUAUCCCUCCUGAUCCUCCCAGACAAAAUACCCGUACUCGUCGGCGGUACAUGCAGGGCAGCACUCGGUCAAGAACAAUCGAGCUGGGGACGCUUUCCGAGGUCGACGAAGACAUAUAUCAUAACAGAGAAGGUUACGAAGAGCCUGACGGAAAAGCUUCUACUGUAGAAUGCAAUGGUACGAUACGUCGUCCGACAAACGGCACUGUUCGAAGCAUUGCCAGACAUCUAAGUGAACGACAAAAAAUUGAAAGAGCCCGAUCGGUUGGUUCAGUGGCAUCGCCAGCGGCGCAUCCUGGUCGCAACGAGGAGCAUAUGCAUCCCGGAGUGAGCCAUGAAGAAGUCGUCACUUCUGUAAAUUUCCGUCAAGUACCAUGCAUUCACUUUGGUCACCGUACCGUUCGAUGCAUCUCUGAACAUACUGACUUGAGAGGGCCACUGGCAAAAUGGAGUCCACCGCCGCCAUUGCCGCCACCGCCACUGAUGCACCAUCAUCUCGACGACAAAUGCAAUUCAACUCCACAUGCAUCGAUGUCUGAGUUUCAUCCGCGUACCGUGUCCACUAUGUCAAGAGGCCAUGGCACUCGCAGCAUCUCACGGUCGUCGUCAAUGGCCGGCGGUCUUCUAGUCUACGAUCCACGGACCAUGUCGUUGAUGGACCCACGUCUGGCGGCUGAGAUGCAAAUGCCCGACUACACACUACCAGUCUGAAUGCUAGUACUUUCAAUUAUAUUGGCAAUAGCUGCAUUAGUCUUUGUAAGAAUAAUCUUUAAGAGAAGAAAACUCCCUCCAGGCCCCUUUCCUCUCCCUUUGUUUGGAAAUAUACCGUAUCUUGCUUACCUGACAUAUCUACAUGGUGGCAUUGUACCUGCUCUACAGUUCCUAAAGAAGAAGUAUGGACCAGUAUUCACGGUAUGGUUUGGCCCAUUGCCAACAGUGCACAUCGCUGACCUCACAAUUGCCCAAGAUGCCAUGAUCAAGCAUGGCAACAAUUACGCCAAUAGAUGGGUUCCGCUUCUACUUUCUCUUCCCAGAAAUGGAUUGGGGAUCAUUGUCUCUAAUGGGAAACAUUGGCUGGACCACAGACGAUUUUCGCUGCAUACAUUAAGGAAUUUCGGUUUUGGAAAAAAUAUCAUUGAGGAGAAAAUCAUGGAAGAGUUCAGUCUGAAACUUGAUGAAGUUGAUCAGCAAAUCAGAAAGACGGGCAGCCACGUCGUUGAUCCUUCAACUCUGGUCGAAGUCCUUGUUGGAAGUAUUAUCAAUAGAAUUUUGUUCUCCGAAAGGUUUCAUACGUCUAGUGAUCAUUUUUUCUCUUUGAAACGCGGCGUGGACGAGACACUUAACAGAUUAUCAUUCUUGGAUGUGUUCAUUCACAAAUCUAUGCUAUAUCUUCCUUUUAUUGGGAAGAGAUACGCCGACAUGCUUGCACCAUUCUAUAAACUCAAAGAUUAUCUGCGGCAGCAAAUAAAUCAGCGAAAGAAAGACAUCAAAGAAGGCAGACAUGUUCUCGAAAAUGAGGCCAGCGAUUAUGUUGAUGCGUAUUUCAUUAAAAUGGCAGAAGAAGCCAAAGAAAAUAAAGAAACGUCAUUCACAGAAGAAGCUUUGCUUGUGAAUCUGCUCGAUUUGUGGAUCGCUGGGCAAGAAACAACGACCACAACUAUACUGUCUGGUCUCAUCAAUCUUAUCAAUCAUCCAAAGGAGAUUCAGCGGCUUGCAUCUAUCCUAAACCUGAAUCUAUGGCGACGUGCGGCAAAAGAUGCCCUUGUUGGCGGUUUUCCUGUCACGGCGGGCACAGUAAUUACAGCUCAGCUGUCCCUAAUACUUUCAGAUUUCGAGGUUUUUGAGAAUUCCGCCAAUUUCGACCCUUCGAGAUAUCUGAAAACCAAUCGUACCGAUCAGAACGUCAUUCCUUUUGGAAUCGGCAAACGCGCAUGUCUUGGAGAAUCGCUGGCAAGAGCUGAGUUAUACUUGGCGAGUGAACUCUUUUCGCUUGUUCCUCAAUAG